AUGGUAGCGAAGAAGGAUAACAUCAAUGUGCAGAAAGAAAUUUCACAAGGUAGCCAUAUCCAAGAGAGAAAUAUUGAACAAGAUGAGCAAGAAAAUGGUAAUGAGCCCGAUGAUGAUGAUGAACCCGACGAGUGGGAUAAAAGAAUUAUCAAAACCGGCUGUGCAAAAGAAAAUUUCGAUUUGCAGAUAUGUUACGCUGAUAAACGAGACUGGAGACAAUGUACCAAAGAGAUGGAGGUAUUCCGCAAUUGCUGGAAACAGCACAAUAACGAUGAAAGAACGCAUACAAAGGACUACUAA